AUAAAAAUCUUAAAUAACUUAAUAUAACUUGGCGCAUACAUAUUUAUUUGGUUCCGUCGAGACGGAUAUUUACAGCAUUUCCUUCAUAUUAACGUAUUGAAGCAUUAGUUUCCUUGUUAGAAUACUUCUAUAGGCUCUAAUAAUUGAAAUAAUAUAAUUUUAAAUAAAAUAGGUCAUUGCGUCAUCUAUUUUCUUUGUCGUAAUACUGGCAUAAGCGGCAUUAUAGCAUUGAGCUAGCUAUUUCCCCAGUUAGACAUACUAAUUAUCUACACAUAUUUAUGUAUAUUUCGAUAAAUAUUAGUGUAUUUAAAUUGAAUUAACAAUUAAAACAAAUCUUAAAACUUGCAAUUAUUAAUUAUUGUAGUACCUUCGGUUGUGAAACAUUUACUCAAGAGUCGUAAGACCUAGCAUAUAAGGUCGAGAUUUGUCUAUACGAACCUCUGGUCGAUCGAACAUUCGAUAUAACCCGACCACGCGUAAUAUCGAACGAAGCGCGCUUGCGCAUAUUAUCCGCACUCCGCGCGACCUACUUAAUUUACCAGUAUAUGAUUGGCUAUUAACCUAUCAUACUCACAUAAAAAUAUAGGUAUUUCGUGAUUGUUAGAUAAUUGUCUCACUUACACUUUAGUAAAAUGCCUCCUAAAGUAGAUUCUAAAACUAGCGAAAGUGAUAAGGAGAUUCAGGAUACUAAACUGUCUAUCUUAAUUGCUAAACGUGAAGCUAUAUUCGGUAUCAUGCAAAAUGUCUUUGACUUAUCUCGUGAACCCGAUGUUCAUACGAACGUUGAAAAAAGAGAACAUUUUCUAGACGAAUCUUCACAAAUUGAUUCAUUGCGUUUAAAGUACGAGUCUAUUGUAGACGAUUAUAAUACACGUUUAUUAAACUUAAAUUCAGAUGCAAAACCUGAUUACAAAAGUCUAUAUGCUUUUGAGACUUUGUAUAAUAGGGUCAAACGAACUCAUACAAAAUGCUCAACUUUAAAUACGACACCAGAAAUACAUAAUGCGACCUCCGCGCUGCUAAAAGCCAAGCCGAAGCUAGCUCCCAUAUCGAUAUUAGAAUUCGAUGGUGACAUUAAAUCUUUUCAGAUGUUUUAUACGACCUUUAAGUCAGUAGUAGAUAAUAAUCCAUCACUCACAGAUGCAGAAAAGCUAUUUUAUCUGUUACCGAAGCUGACAGGGAAGGCAAAAAGCGCAAUCGCUGGAAUUUCUCCGUGUGCUGAGAAUUAUCAGCUCAUUUUACAAACACUCGUCAAUAGGUUCGAUGAUAAACGUAUGUUGACUUCCGCGUACCUACAUGAAUUAUUUCGCUAUAAGGGUUUUCAGACUCCCUCUGCGACUAACUUUGAAGAUUUCAUAGACCGGUUCGCUGGCGCAGUAAGCGCUUUAAAAAACCUAAAGUUAGAGAACCUAGCUGAUCUUAUCAUACUACAUAUAGCUACACAAAGGGUCGAUACUGAGAGUGUACGCGCGUUUGAAAUUAAAUGCGGUAAGAAUAUACCUACUUUCGACGACUUUGUGGAAUUUAUCACAACACGCGCGAAGGUGUUUGAGCGUACGAAUACGAAUGUCACAAACCCUUCUAAUACACGUCAUAAUAAAAAUAUAAAACAUUUGAAUAACGGGACUUCUGGCAAUGCGCCGAAGUAUCAGGCCUAUAUAAGCACGGUUGAUAAGCCUACGUCCAAGUGUCUAUGUAGAAAUAUAACACAUGCGCAUUUAUAUAAAUGUGUUGACUUUAAUAAAUUAUUAACUCCUCAAGAACGUUUUAAGUGCGUCAAGGAGAAGAAUGCCUGUGUGAACUGCCUGUCUAUAAAACAUAAAGUCGGGCAAUGUGAAGUCUCCCCGCACUGUUCGUGUGGUCAGAAACAUAACAAAAGGCUGCACUUUGACCAGCGCGAGGAACAUUCCCGCGCGCCUCAGUUGAAUACCGUCAUGCCGCCACCGAACGCACCUACCGUUACCGCGUCAUCGCCCGUAGCGGAUGAUCGCGCCGACGUAGCACUGUGCGCUACGCGCGUAAGCCCGUCUACAAGCGCUACGCAGGUGUAUAAUAGCAAUUUAAUGAAUCGUGUCGAAGACAAGCGAACUACUGUCUUAUUGGCUACCGCACAAGUUGCUGUUUACGACUGUAAUGGUGAACGGCAAGUUAUACGUAUAUUGUUGGAUUCUGCUUCGCAGGCCGAUUUCCUCUCAAAAGAAUGUUGUGAUCGCUUGGGUUUGCAAACUAAAUUCACAGAACGUACUAUCGUGAAGGGGUUCGGUGGAAUUGAGAAGGUUGUACAAUCCAGCUCGGUUGACUUGACGUUUUAUUCGCGUUUUGAUGAUAACGUUAGUUUUAAUAUCUCGCCACUUGUUGUUGAUAAAGUGACAGACAAAUUACCUACGGCUGUGAUAGAUACGGCAGUCCUAUCACACCUUAAAGGUAUUCCGCUUGCCGAUGCGAGUUACGGCGUACCUGAUAAAAUUGAUGCUUUAAUAGGAGCUUCCCUAUUUCCACAUUUGCUUCUCCCCGACGACGUCCAUACGUCACGUCGCGACCCGUCGGUGCCCGUUGCAUUGCGCACGGUGUUAGGUCUGGUGUUCAUGGGCAAUGCGCCUACGAUACCUACUAUAAAUACUCAUACGGCCUUGACAUGUUGUUUCGUUCAAGAGCCUCCUGCUAUUGACUCUUUAGUCAAGCGUUUCUGGGAACUUGAAGAACUUCCUUCCGCUUCCAUUCAGAAUCCUGAUGAUAAUGAAUGCGAAGACUUCUACACUUCGACUACUGUCCGAGAUCCCGAUACGGGCAGAUACGUUGUCGGGCUGCCAUUUAAAGAGGAUCUAUAUUCCCUAGGGAAUUCUUUGGACAUAGCUAAGAAACGUUUCAUCUGCCUCGAAAGAAAGCUUGAAGCUUCGAAUAAAUUGAGGUCGGCAUAUGAUGACGUCAUAAAAGGUUAUCUCGCGAAAGAUUAUAUUUCUCCCGCGCCUUCAUAUGAUUCUAAAGAUCCUGUUCCGAUUUACGUGAUGCCACACACGGGGAUUUUACGUGAAGACAAACUCUCGACGAGACUGAGAUUAGUCGUCGAUGCUUCUUGUCGUUCUAGUUCUGGAAAGGCACUGAACCAUCUGCUACAUUCCGGUCAAAAUUUACAGGGAGAUCUUUUUAAAAUAAUUUUGAAUUUUCGUCUGCAUGCAGUGGCAAUGACAGCCGACUGCCGAGAACAGUUUCUACAAAUCGUUAUGCGCGAAGCUGAUCGUCGCUAUCAAUGCUUCUUAUACCGCUUUAAUCCACAAGACCCUCUUGUGCUAUACCAGUUCAAUCGAGUCUGUUUCGGUCUCACUUCCAGUCCCUUCCAUGCACUGCGCACGGUAAGACAGCUGGUGAAUGACGACGGCGCAAAAUAUCCACGAGCGAAUAGCAUUGUGCUACCCGCGCUUUAUAUGGAUGACGUAGCUUUCUCGCUUCCAAGCGAACUAGAGGCAGUCACUGUGUCGCUGCAGAUGAUCGAUCUUUUUAAGGGUGCACAGUGGGAAUUAGUUAAGUGGAACAGCAAUUCUCGCGAGGUCUUAGAUAACCUUCCUGCGUCCCACAAACUUCCGACUGAAGUGGAGUUUGACAAAACCAUGCACCAUAAAAUACUUGGUCUGCAUUGGUCUACUGGAAAUGACGCUUUCUAUUUUAAAAUUUCUAUGCCCGACGAUGUGACAUGCACUAAGCGCUCCAUCUUGUCGACUGUUGCCCGUCUGUGGGACAUAAUGGGCUUCGUUGCUCCCACAGUCGUGUAUGCCAAAAUAUUAAUUAAAAUGCUUUGGCAAUUAAAUCUUGAUUGGGACACUGUAGCUCCACCACACAUCAUUAAGAUGUGGAGACAGUUUUGCGAUGAGUUGCCAGCUCUAAAUAAGCUACACAUACCGCGUCAUGUGGGCGUGACAACAGACUGUGAGGUCACUCUCCUGGGACUAUCAGAUGCUAGUCUCGCAGCCUAUGGUGCUGUCGUUUAUUUACACGUUAGCUCCCCUACUGGUAACACUGUGCGUCUUGCUUGUGCGAAAAGUAAAGUUUCGCCGACGAAACCUCAUUCAAUUGCUCGUCUCGAACUAUUAGGUGGCGUCCUACUGUCGAAAUUGCUUCGUACAGUACAUGACACUUACUCUGAGCGUAUCCCAAUCAAGGCUACAUAUGCAUUUCUCGAUUCCAAAGUCGCCCUAUAUUGGAUAAAAAGUUCACCGCAUAGAUGGCAGACUUUUGUCGCGAAUCGCGUUGUACAGAUAACUGAGAAUAUCUCACCAGACAACUUUUAUCAUUGCCCUGGCACUGAGAACUCUGCUGAUAUUCUAUCGAGAGGUGUUACUCCUGAGAAGCUUCUCUCACACCCUCUGUGGCUGCAUGGUCCACCAUGGGCAUCAAUGCAUCCGUCUCAGUGGCCACUCAAAACUCUAGAGGGAGAGUCUAUUGAAGACGUACCCGAGAAGAAGGUUCUUAUACACACUGUGCGUAAACCUAUACUCCCGAACGACUUACACGAGCUUGCUCUCCGUUUUUCUUCGUGGAGCAAACUUCUACGUAUAAUUGUAUACAUUUGUAGAUUUGCUAAAUUACUGCCUCGUCGCGGCACUAGUGCAGUUACCGCUGACGACUUAAAUUUCGCAGAGAAUAGAAUGCUUCGCGCUCUGCAAAAUCAGCAUUUUGCUGAAGAAUAUUCUCUUAUUAAAAAUAAUAAAACAUGUUCACCGGCAUUUAAUCGCCUAAGACCAUUUAUUGAUGAUGGACUUAUCCGCGUUGGCGGUCGUCUCGCCAACUCUGGACUUAGCUUUGAAAAAAUACAUCCGGUUAUAUUGCCUCGCAAUGGCCACGUGGUAAAUAUAAUCAUUGAUUAUUACCACAUUAAACAUUUACAUGCUGGACCCGAACUCCUAAUGGCCCUGCUUCGUCAGAGGUACUGGAUUCUGUCGGCACGCCGUAUUGUCAGGCAAAGAGUACAUAUGUGCAAUACUUGCUUUAGAUUUAAACCGCGUCCAACCAUUCCGCUGAUGGCGGAUCUUCCUGAUAUACGUACACGUCCAGCGUUGAAAGCCUUUAGUUUCACCGGCUGCGAUUAUGCAGGUCCUAUACCAUACGUUCCUGUACGCCGCCGUGGCGUACACAGCGAGAAAGCUUAUAUUGUGCUGUUCACGUGUCUCACUACGAGAUCUACGCACAUUGAGGUUGCUACCUCACUCAGCACCCCCAGUUUCCUCGCCGGGUUUAAAAGAUUCCUAUCACGUCGUGGUCCUGUUCAGGUGCUGCAUAGCGACAAUGCUAAAAACUUCCAGGGUGCUGCUUCUUACCUUCGGGACCUCUAUAAAUUUCUAAGAGAAGAAUAUUACCCGAAGCUAGAGCAGGAAUGCGCUGAAAAUCGCAUAACUUGGAAAUUCAUCUGUCCCAAUUCCCCACACUUUGGAGGUUCAUGGGAAAGUAUGAUCAAGGUGACUAAGACGAUCCUGUUCAAGGUCAUAGGGCAACAGCUCCUUUCUUAUGAGGAACUUUGCACUGUGCUCAUUCAGGUCGAAUGUCUUCUCAAUUCGCGUCCGCUAACAAUACUAAGCUCUGACCCUGCCGAACCUUCGGCUCUUACUCCAAGUCACUUCCUACAUACUGCGCCUCUAUUCUCCUUGCCUGCGCCUGAUGUCAAUCCAGACAAAAUUAACUUGGUUGACAGGUACUCGUUAAUAGAUAAAAUGGUCCAAUCGUUUUGGAAUCGUUGGAGGAUGGAAUAUUUGCACGGAUUGCAAGUUCGUUUGAAAUGGAAUACGCCUUCCGUACCUAUUACGCCGGGAACUGUCGUCGUAGUUAUAAAUGACAACGUACCGCCUCUGGCUUGGCCUCUAGCAGUAGUAGAGAAAGUGCAUCCCUCGAAAGACGGCGUCAUACGCGUAGCGACCGUUAAAAUUUCCGGGAGAACUUACGUCCGUCCGGUCGUUCGCUUAUGCCCUCUUCCGACGCAAUAAGCGUAACAAUUAUAGUUUCAUAAUUUAGUACUAAGUAGCUCAUACGUUAAGACUUUAUUCUCUUUUAUAAUAAUUCUACAAAUAAUUAAUAUUUUUUAAUAUACUUUCGUAAAUAUACACAUACUUAUAUGAAAUACGCCCAUGCGCAAUACGCGUUCUUAAAAGAGGCAAUUCUACCUCAUACCUUAUGAGAGCUUUUCUUAAAGGUGACCCUUUAAGGGCGGGUGGAUGGUU